AAUAAACCCGAGAAGUUUUGCAAAGGCCAUAAGAUCGAAUUUCAGUCGUGUAUGCCUGAGAAUUAUGAUGAAGAUAUUUGCAGAGAUUAUAAAGAAUGUGUCCAUCCUUUCGUUUGGGUCAAAUGUGCUACGCAAUGUGAACAAACCUGCAUGUCUUACCAACUGAGGAAUCACUCCUGCGGUGAUACAGACGUCUGUCUGCCAGGAUGCAGCUGUCCCGAGGGCCAUGUUCUUUACUUUGGUUCUUGUGUUAAAAUUUCACAAUGUCCUUGCUAUGACUCAGAAGGAAAAGUUGUCCUGAAUAAUUUUGAAACUAAUUAUUCCCCAAACUGUCAGAAAUGUAUAUGUAAAAUGGGGGAAAUAUCUUGUCAAACAGUAUUAAAUGAUUGUUGUCACUACUCUGAUUGGACAAGCUGGGGAUCAUGCAGUAAAUCAUGCGGUGCUGGAAAGCAAACUAGAUAUCGGAAACUGGUUUCAAGUAAUUCUAACUGUACAUCAGAGCAAAUGAAAGAAUCUCAGGACUGCAUCUUAGCUGCCUGUCCAUUUGACUGUGUUAUGGAUGGUGCUGGUUACCACGAAGGUAGUAUUAUAAGAGAAACAGUUUGUGAAGAAUGGUAA